AUGAGCUGCUCUGAAUCUACGAAUCAGCCUGACGGAGGAAGGAGGCAAGUGGAGUCACGGACAGCAGAGUGCCCGUACAGCAGCAGCAGACACCACCACACUACCGGAGCUAGUAGGAGCGUGAACCGAACAGGGAUUUUUGCGCUAAUGAAGGCGUGCGCGCGGACGCAUCACUGGAGCCGGGUGCUGCUCUUGUACAUGGGGCUGCUGGCCACCACAGCAACGGACGCUCAGAACUGUAGCUACACGCUGCUCAACCCCAACGGUACGAUAGAGAGCCCAGGUUACCCCUACGGCUACCCCAACUAUGCCAACUGCACCUGGGUUAUCGUGGCUCAGGAGCACCACCGCAUCCAGCUGGUGUUCCAAGGAUUCGCCCUGGAGGAGGACUUCGACAUCCUGUCGGUCUACGACGGACAACCCAGCCCUGGCAACCUGCGGACCAGGUUGACUGGUUUCAAUCUGCCUUCUCCCAUAGUGAGCACUGGGUCUCGCUUGACCCUAUGGCUGCUCUCCGACUAUGCCGUCAGUGGACAGGGCUUCAAAGCCGUCUACGAGGCUCUACCCAGCUACACGUGUGGCAACCCUGGCCAGCUGCUGAACGGCUUCCAGCAGGGGGCGACGUUCAACAUCGGGGACAAGAUCCGCUACAGCUGCGGUCAGGGCUACGUGCUGGAGGGACACACCAUACUGUCCUGUCUGGCAACCUCCUCCGGGACGGCCGCAUGGGACUUCCCCCUGCCCUACUGCAGAGCGGAUGACGGUUGUGGUGGCACGCUGCGUGGCCAAAGUGGGGUGAUCAGUAGCCCCAACUACCCGCAGGAGUACAGCAACAACGCCGACUGCACCUGGACCAUCCUGGCGGAGCCGGGCGACACCAUCGCCCUGGUCUUCUCCGACUUCCAGCUGGAGGACGACUACGAUGUGCUGGAGGUCAGCGGCACGGAGGGCUCGUCGCAGUGGUUUACAGGCCCUAACCUCCCCUCCCCGAUCAUCAGUAGCAAAAACUGGCUACGCCUGCACCUCAUUACCGACGGAAACCACAAGCUACGUGGCUUCACUGCCCAGUACCAAGUGAAGAAGAUGACUGAGCUGAAGUCCAGAGGAGUGAAGAUGCUCCCCAGUAAGGACAACCACAGCAAGAUAUCAGUGUUGUCCCAGAUGGGUGUGGCGCAGGGCCACAACAUGUGUCCUGAUCCAGGGAUUCCGGACCGGGGGAAGAGGAAGGGAUCCGACUUCAGGCGUGGGGCGACGGUGCACUUCUCCUGCGAUGAAGGCUAUGAGCUGCAGGGCACCAAGAGCAUCACCUGCCUCCGCGUCACCGACAGCUACGUGGGAUGGAGCGACGACAGGCCAAUAUGCAGAGCUCCUAUGUGUGGUGGGCAGUUAAGAGGUCCGAGUGGGGUCAUCACGUCUCCCAACUUCCCCGUCCAGUAUGACAACAACGCAAACUGCACCUGGGUCAUCUCUGCUUCGGACCCUUCAAAGGUUAUCAAGCUGACGUUUGAGGACUUUGAGCUGGAGCGCGGCUACGACACGCUAACGGUGGGGGACGGAGCCACGGUGGGAGAUCAGAGGACCGUCUUUCACGUGUUGUCCGGGACCACGACCCCAGACCUGGUGGUCAGCACCAGCCACCAGAUGUGGCUCAACUUCAAGACCGACGACACCAGCGGAUCCCUGGGCUUCAAAGUUUCCUACGAAGAAAUUGAGCAGGGCAGCUGCGGAGACCCUGGCAUCCCAGCUUACGGCAAGCGCGAAGGGACAGGCUUCAGGCACGGCGACCGCCUGUACUUUGAAUGUUUGCCGGCAUUUGACUUGGUUGGCAAGAAGAACAUUAGCUGCCAGAAAAACAACCAGUGGUCAGCCAAGAAGCCCAGCUGUGUCUUCUCCUGCUUCUUCAACUUCACCAGUCCGUCAGGCGUACUGCUCUCGCCCCACUACCCGCAGGAGUAUGGCAACAACAUGCACUGCGUCUGGCUGAUCAUCGCGCGGCCCGAGAGCCGCAUCAACCUGGCCUUCAACGACCUGGCCAUGGAGAAGCAGUUCGACUUCCUGUCCAUCAAGGACGGCGGCAAGGCCGAGUCACCCAUCCUGGGCACCUUCUCCGGCGACGCACUGCCACCGCCCAUCACAACCAGCGGGCACGUGGCGCGGCUGGAGUUCCUCACGGACCACACGUACACCAACCGCGGAUUCAACAUCACCUUUACAACUUUCCGUCAUAACGAGUGUCCGGAUCCCGGCGUGCCGGUGAACGGGAGGCGUUUUGGGGACAACCUACAGCUGGGCAGCUCCAUCUCCUUCCUGUGCGAGGACGGCUUUGUGAAGACCAUGGGAUCCCAGACUAUCUCCUGCAUCCUCAAGGAUGGCAACGUGGUCUGGGAUAACGCCGUGCCUCGCUGUGAAGCUCCAUGUGGGGGUGACCUGAAGGCCCCCAGUGGCAUCAUCCUCUCUCCUGGGUGGCCGGAGCUCUACAAGGAGGCCCUGAACUGCGAAUGGAUCAUCGAAGCGCCACCUGGAUACCCUAUCAAGAUCAUUUUUGAUAAGUUCCGUACGGAGGUGAACUAUGAUGUCCUGGAGGUGCGUGACGGGCGUUUCCCCUCCUCUCAUCUGAUUGGUAGUUACCAGGGAACGCAGGUGCCUCAGUUCCUCAUCAGCACCUCCAACUUCCUGUACCUGCUCUUCUCCACCGACAAGAGCCACUCGGACAUCGGCUUUCGCAUACGCUACGAGACCCUGCAGUUGCAGUCAGACCACUGUGUUGACCCUGGUAUCCCGGUCAACGGCCAGCGCCAUGGCAAUGAUUUCUACGUGGGGGCGCUGGUGACCUUCAGCUGUGAUGCGGGGUACACGCUCAGCGACCCCGAACCCCUCGAGUGUGAACCCAACUUCCAGUGGAGCCGACCGCUGCCCAGCUGCGAUGCUCUGUGCGGAGGGUUCAUCCAGGGUAGUACGGGUACCAUCUUGUCUCCCGGCUUCCCAGACUUCUACCCCCACAACCUCAACUGCACCUGGAUGAUCGAGUCGGCACACGGCAAAGGAGUGCAGUUCACCUUCCACACCUUCCACCUGGAGAGCCCUCACGACUACCUGUUGGUGACGGAGAACGGCAGCUUCUCGGAGCCUCUAUGGCGCCUGACGGGCUCCACCCUCCCUCCACCGCUCAGUGCCGGUCUCUAUGGCAACUACACCGCACAGAUACGCUUCCUGUCCGACUUCUCAGUGUCCUACGAGGGAUUUAACAUCACUUACUCAGAAUACGACCUGGAGCCUUGCGAGGACCCGGGCAUCCCGCCAUUCAGCCAGCGCAAGGGGCUGCAGUUUGGGGUGGGCGACGCCCUGAUCUUCUCCUGCUUUCCCCAGUACCGGCUGGAGGGGCCCGCCCGAGUGGUCUGCCUGGGGGGCAGGAGGCGCGUCUGGAGCUCACCGCUGCCCAGAUGUGUGGCCGAGUGUGGUUCCUCAGUAACCGGUACCCAGGGGGUCCUGGUAUCCCCCCAGUAUCCAAACUACUACCGCAACAACCACGAGUGCAUUUACUCCAUUCAGACACAGCCGGGCAAAGGAAUACAGCUGCGCGCACGCGAGUUUCACCUGGAGGAAGGGGACCUGCUCAAGGUGUAUGACGGCCCAAAUAACAAAGCUCGUCUGCUGGGAGUCUACACGGGCUCGGAGAUGCUGGACAAUGUCCUGAACAGCACGUCCAGCACCAUGUGGCUGGAGUUCAUCAGCAACGAUGACAACACCAGCAAGGGCUUCGAGCUGCCCUUUACUAGCUUUGAGCUGGUAAAGUGUGAGGACCCCGGUGUGCCCCAGUUUGGCUACAAGAGCGAGGAUAAGGGCCACUACGCGGGCAGCAGUGUCUCCUUCAGCUGUGACCCUGGAUACUCGCUCAAGGGCAACCCACUGCUCACAUGCCUCAGAGGAGAGAGGAGAGCAUGGGAUAACCCUCUGCCCACGUGUGUUGCUGAGUGUGGAGGUUCCAUGAAGGACGAGGCGUCGGGGCGUAUCCUGUCUCCAGGCUACCCAGCACCCUACGAACACAACCUGCACUGCAUAUGGACAAUAGAGGCUCCCCCUGGCAGCACCAUCGGGCUUCACUUCCUGGUGUUCCAUACGGAGGAGGUGCAUGACGUUCUGCGCAUCUGGGACGGUCCCCAGGAUGGGGGGGUUCUACUGCGGGAGCUGAGUGGUUCCACGCUGCCCCCGGACCUCCACAGCACCUUCAACCACAUCAGCCUCCAGUUCACUACAGACUUCUUCACUAGCAAACAGGGCUUUGCUCUGCAGUUCUCAGUCUCCACGGCAACGUCAUGUAACGACCCCGGCACCCCGACCAAUGGGACUCGUAGCGGCGACAGCGGCGACCCUGGCGAUCACGUGAUCUUCCAGUGCGAUCACGGCUACAUCCUGCAGGGGGCGCCCAAAAUCACCUGCACCGAGAUCAACAACCGCUUCUUUUGGCAGCCUGACCCGCCCACAUGCACAGCUCCAUGUGGUGGUAACCUGACUGGUCCUAAUGGCCUGAUCCUGUCUCCGGAGUAUCCAGAGCCUUAUCCUCACGGCCGCGAGUGCGACUGGCUCGUCACCGUCACACCUGACUACAUCAUCUCACUCAACUUCGUACAAUUCAGUCUGGAGCCGAGCUAUGACUUCCUGCACGUGUACGACGGUCCCGACUCCCUGAGCCCCCUGCUGGGCAGCUUCUACGGUACCGACGCCCCCGAGCGCAUCGAGAGCAGCAACAACACCCUCUUCCUCGCCUUCAGAAGCGACGCCUCGCUCAGCAGCAACGGAUUCGUCCUGCAGUACACAGAGAACCCGCGCGAGUCGUGCUUUGAGCCGGGUCAGGUCCGCAACGGGACACGCGUGGGCUCGGACCUGCGGCUGGGCUCGAGCGUGACGUUCCACUGCGAUACCGGCUACAGCCUGGAGGGGGAGCCCAGCAGCACCUGCGUCAUGGGGGCCGACAGCAAGCCAGUCUGGAACAAAGCCAAACCUGUCUGCAUAGCUCCGUGUGGGGGUCAGUACUCUGGUCUGGAGGGGGUGGUGCUCUCUCCUGGUUACCCUGGCAACUACAGCAGCAGACGGACAUGCCUCUACUCAGUCACCGUGCCCAAAGACUAUGUGGUCUUCAGCCAGUUUGCCUUCUUCCACACUGCUCUGAAUGACCUGGUGGAGGUGUACGACGGCCCUACACAGCAGGCUCGGGUCCUCAGCUCGCUCUCCGGAGCACACUCUGGCGAGUCUCUUCCCCUGGCAACGUCCAAUGAGAUUCUGAUCCGCUUCACCUCUAAAGGGCAGGCCACCUCACGAGGAUUUCAUCUGGUCUACCAAGCUGUGCCGAGGACCAGUGCCACGCAGUGUAGCUCUGUGCCAGAGCCCCGUCACGGGCGUCGUACGGGCAACAGCUUUGCGGUGGGGGCGGUGGUGCGCUUCGAGUGUGUCCCCGGAUAUGCCCUGGAGGGACCCCAUGCCAUCGAGUGUCUAACCGUACCCAACGCACUGGCGCAGUGGAACAGCUCCAUACCCAGCUGCAUAGUGCCGUGUGGGGGUAACCUGACGCAGCGUACGGGCACCAUCUUGUCGCCUGGCUACCCAGAGCCGUACCUCAACAGCCUGAGCUGUGUAUGGAAGAUCACCGUACCGGAGGGCUCUGGCAUACAGAUCCAGGUGAUUAGCUUUGUGACAGAGCAGAACUGGGAUGCUCUGGAGGUUUACGACGGCAGAGACAACACGGAUCCCCAGCUGGGCAGUUUCUCAGGCACCACAGUCCCCGCCCUCCUCAACAGCACCUCCAAUCAGCUGCACCUGCACUUCUUCUCUGACAUCAGCGUGUCUGCCGCAGGCUUCCGGCUGGAGUACAAGACGGUGUCUCUAACGAGCUGUGCGGAGCCGAUGAUUCCUAUGAACGGCUACAAGGUUGGGGAGCGCCAGCAGAUGAACAACGUGGUCUCUUUCCAGUGUGAGCCGGGCUACACACUACAGGGCAACUCGCACAUCACCUGCAUGCCAGGGACAGUUCGGCGAUGGAACUACCCUCCCCCUCUUUGUAUUGCCCAGUGUGGUGGUAUUCGUGAAGAUAUGGAGGGCACCAUUCUCAGCCCUGGUUUCCCUGGCAACUACCCCAGCAACAGCGACUGUACCUGGAGGAUCUACCUACCGGUUGGCUUUGGUGCCCAUGUGCAGUUCCUGAACUUCUCCACGGAGGCCAACCAUGACUUCCUGGAGAUCCGCAAUGGCCCCUUCGAGACCAGCUCUGUGAUUGGUCGAUUCAGUGGAGAGGAAGUCCCGCCUCCCCUCUUCACCACUUCUCACGAGACCACCAUCUAUUUCCACAGCGACCACUCGCAGAACCGACCCGGCUUCAGGAUGGACUACCAGUUCUAUGAGUUGCAGGAGUGUCGUAUUCCGGAGGUCUUCCCGUACGGAGUGGUGGUGGGGGCGGGCUUUAACGUGGGCCAAUCAAUCACCUUCGAGUGUUUUCCUGGUUACCAGCUGAUUGGCCAACCAGUGCUCACCUGCCAACACGGAACCACGCGGGACUGGGACCACCCCUUCCCACACUGCGAAGUUCCCUGUGGUGGUAACUUCACAUCUGAGAAGGGCACGGUGUUCUCCCCCGGUUACCCGGACGACUACCCCAGCUCGGCGGACUGCUCCUGGCUCAUCACGGUUGGCAUGGGGAUGGGCAUCAGGCUCAACUUCACCGAGCUACGCGUACACGGAGCACACGACUUCAUCACCGUAUGGGAUGGUCCGCAGGAGACGGCUCGUAAGCUCGGGGUGUUUACGGAGGGCGAGCCAAAUGAGCCCCCCAGCAGCACGUCCAAUCAGGUGCUAAUACGUUUCCGUAGCAACAGCGAGAAGGGUGGCAAGUUCAUCAUCAACUACCAGGCCUAUAGAUUGCAGUACUGCCUGGCUCCCCCCAUCAUCCCCAAUGCUGAGAUCCUCAUGGCCAGCAAAGAAUUCAAAAUAGGUGACAUAGUGCGCUACCGCUGCCUGCCGGGCUACCAGCUGACUGGCAACAGCAUCCUCACCUGUCGCCUCGGGAUACACCUGGAGUUUGAAGGACCGCCUCCUACCUGCGAUGUGACUUGCCCCAUGAAUGAGGUGCAGGUCCUGACCGCCUCCACAGGGGUGAUUCUGAGCCAGUCGCCCGGGAACGGCUUCCCUCUCCUGGGGGCCUGCUCCUGGAUAGUCAAGGUGGAGCCUGGAUACAACAUCUCCUUCACCAUCGAGCACUUCCAGACCAGCCGACAGUUCGAUGAGCUCGAGAUCUUUGAUGGUCCGUCCAGACAGUCUCCUCUGCUGAAGACCUUGAGUGGGAACUACACCUCCCCUCUCAGCAUCACCAGUUCCUCCAACAAGGUCUACCUGCACUGGUCCUUCGACCACACAUCCAGACACAAGGGCUUCAGGAUACGCUACGCAGCGGCCUAUUGCAGUGCCCCUGCGCCCCCUGCCAACGGCUCUGUCCACAGUCAGACGGGCACCAAGCUGGGCAGCACGCUACGCUUCGCCUGCGACCAGGGCUUUCGUCUGAUUGGCCAGAGCAGCGCCACCUGCACGCGCAACCAGCAAGGCAUCUACCAAUGGAACGCCCCAGUGCCACUCUGCCAAGUGGUGUCGUGUGGGAUGCCUCUGGCUCCGGUGAACGGCACUGUGGUUGGCCAGGACUUCACCAUGGGCACCAGGGUGGAGUUUCAGUGCAACCCCGGCUUCCGAUUGGUUGGCCCCUCUACCCCGGCAACGGUCACCUGUCAGGAGUCGGGCAGGUGGAGCACUCUAGAGGCCCAGCCACGUUGCGUCCCGGUGACGUGUCCAGACAUCGGCCACUCGGCUGUGGUGCACGGUCGCUGGCGUCUGAUCUACGGCGUGCCGAACCUCUUCGAGACCCUCAUGAUGUUGACCUGCGACCCCGGGUACUACUACAGGGGUCAAAGGGUCAUCAGCUGCCAGCCCAACGGAACGUGGAACUUCCCACAGCCACGGCCCUCCUGUGACAUCAUUUCUUGUGGUGAGCUGGGUACCCCUCCUAAUGGGAAUAAGAUCGGAACCCUGACGGUGUACGGAGCCACCGCCAUCUUCUCCUGCAACACCGGCUACACGCUGGUCGGAUCGCGCGUACGCGAGUGCAUGUCCAACGGACUGUGGAGCGGAACAGAGGUCCAGUGUCUGGCGGGUCACUGCGGUGUGCCGGAGCCCAUAGUGAAUGGCCAGAUCGUGGGGGAGAACUAUAACUACCGUGGCUCGGUGGUGUACCAGUGCAACCCCGGCUUCCGCCUCAUCGGGGUCUCCGUGCGCAUCUGCGACCAGGACCACCGCUGGUCCGGCAGGACACCCCUCUGCGUCCCCAUCACCUGUGGCCACCCAGGUAACCCGGGCAACGGCCUGACCCAGGGCACUCAGUUCAACCUGAACGACAUGGUGCGAUUCGCCUGCAAUACCGGAUAUGUCCUACAGGGUGCUGCCAAAUCACACUGCCAGGCCAACGGACAGUGGAGCAACGUCCUGCCCAAGUGCAAAAUUGUGAACUGUACAGACCCUGGCCAUGUGGAGAGCAGCGUGCGUCAGGUGUUGGCCAGUGGCCCCCACCGCUACAGCUUCCAGACCACCGUGUCCUUCAGCUGCAACCCUGGGUACUACCUGCUGGGCACCAGCACUCUGGCCUGCCAGGGGGACGGCACCUGGGAUAGGUCGCUCCCCAAGUGUCUGUUGGUGUUGUGUGAUAGGCCCAGUAUGCCCCCGUAUGCCCAGAUCUCUGGUGACCGCCGCACGGUGGGCUCCGUCAUCCGCUACAGCUGCAUGGGCGGCCGCAGCAUCGUGGGCAACACCACCCGCAUGUGCCAACUGGACGGCCACUGGAGCGGCAACCUGCCACACUGCUCAGGAGAGACACUGAGUGUGUGUGGAGACCCUGGUGUGCCGGUGCACGGCAUUCGUCUGGGAGAGGAGUUUGGCGUGGGCAGUGUGGUCCGCUUCAGCUGUGAGCCGGGAUACACAUCCGCCGGGUCCUCAGAACGAACAUGUCUCAACAACGGCACAUGGACUGGAACCCAGCCCGAAUGUCAUGUGGUGUCCUGUGGUAACCCGGGUACUCCGCGUAAUGCCCAGAUCCAGUUCCACGAUGGCCUGGUCUUCUCGCGCUCCAUCACCUACGCCUGCAGGGAGGGCUACUACUCCACAGGCCUGCUCACACGCCACUGCACCGUCAACGGCACCUGGACUGGGAACAUGCCCGAGUGCUCCGUGAUUAACUGUGGUGAUCCCGGCGUGCCUGCUAACGGUCUGAGGCUGGGCUCUGACUUCACGUUUGGCCGCAGCGUGUCCUUCCAGUGUGCCCCAGGCUACACCAUCGACGCCGACCGCGCCUCCACUCUCAUCUGCACAAAAGACCGCACCUGGAACGGAACCAAGCCCAUCUGCAAAGCGAUCGUGUGUGGGCCUCCCCCAGUGAUCCCCAAUGGUCAGGUGGUGGGGAGUGAUUUCCAGUGGGGGGGCAGCGUCAGCUACUCCUGUAACCAGGGUUACCAGCUGUCCCUCCCCACCAUCCUCACCUGCCAGGGAGGGGGCAACUGGAGCGGAGAGAAGCCACAGUGCUUCCCUGUGUUCUGCGGAGACCCAGGCAUCCCGGCUCAGGGCCGGCGUGAGGACCGGGGCUUCACCUACCUGUCCCCGGUCACCUUCACCUGCUCCUCCCCCCUCACGCUGGUGGGCUCCAAGGUGCGCUACUGCCAGUACGACGGGAAGUGGAGCGGAACCCAGCCCUCCUGCAUAGACCCCAGUCACACCACCUGCGUGGACCCCGGCACCCCGCUGUUUGGACAUCAGAACAGCACACAGGGAUACCAGAUCACCAGUACUGUGUUCUUCAGCUGUAAGAGGGGUUAUCUUCUCCUGGGCUCCAUCUCUCGUACCUGCCUGCCCAAUCUCACCUGGAGCGGCAUACAGCCAGAAUGCAUAGCCCAUCACUGUAGUCAGCCUGAGUUGCCAGGUCAGUCUGACGUGAGUGCCAUAGAGCUGCCUUCUCUGGGCUACACGCUCAUCUACGUGUGCCAGCCAGGCUUCUACCUGUCGUCCGGGUCAGAACAUCGCACCUGCAGACCCGACGGCAGCUGGACCGGCAAACCGCCCACAUGCUCUCCUGACGACAGGCCAAGUGAUAAGACCAUUGGCACAGUACAGGAGCCGCCCAACAACAAGCUCCCCGUGCCGGGCGGUGUGUUUGCCAAGAACUCCCUAUGGCGGGGCUCCUAUGAGUACUUGGGGAAGAAACAGCCGGCCAUGCUGAGCGUCACCGCCUUCGAGCCCUUCAGCAACCGCGUCAACGCCACCCUCAUCGACCAGAGCGGAGUGGAGCUCAAACUCGCAGGUGUGUACAAGCGCGAGGAGGCCCAGCUGCUGUUGCAGGUGCAUCAGGUGCGAGGGCCCGUGGAGAUCUUCAUGAACAAGUUCAAGAUCGACAACUGGGCCCUGGAAGGACGGGUAUCGUACAUGCCAUCCACAAACUCCUUCUUCUAUCAGGGCCUAGUCAGAGGAAAAGGCUUCGGCCAAUUUGGACUCCAGAGAUUAGAUAAUCUGGACCCCAGGGGAGAUAGCGCGAGCUACAACUUUGCCUCCAACAGCAGCUCUGUAGCGGCUGCUAUCCUAGUGCCUUUCAUAGCUAUGAUCAUCGCAGGGUUCGCACUGUACCUCUACAAACACAGAAGAAGACCCAAAGUCCCGUUUAAUGGCUACGCGGGGCAUGAAAACAGUAACGGCAGGGCCACCUUCGAGAACCCCAUGUACGACCGAAACAUCCAGCCCACGGACAUCAUCACCAACGAAACAGAGUUCACCGUCAGCACUGUCUGCACCGCCGUAUAGCCCUCACACAAACACACACACGCACACCA